UUCAAUGGAGAUCGUCUUUCUGGGGAGUUGAUGUGCCAUUGAAUUCCACAGUGACUUGCAUCUCCUUUUAUUUCCUUUCUCUCUACACUUACAGGCCCAGCAGAGAGAGAAGUUCAUCCAGGAACGCUAUGCCAAGUAUAACCUCAGUGACCCCUUCAUGGCUCUUCAGCGAGACUAUGAAGCUCUGAAGGAGGAACAUGAUGCCACCGCCACCACCUGUCCUAGCCCUCUUUCGGUGCUUAAAGUUGUUAUGUCACAUUGUAAGAAGAUGCAUGAAAAAAUGGUCGCCCAACUGGCAGCUGCUGAAAGUCGCCACAGAAAGGUAAUAAUGGAUCUGGAAGAGGAAAAGAGGCGUCACGCCCAGGAUACCGCCGAUGGAGACGACGUCACCUACAUGCUGGAGAAGGAGCGGGAGCGGCUUGCUCAGCAGCUGGAUUUUGAAAAGUCCCAAAUUAAGAAGCUUGAGAAAGACCAGAAGAAGCUGUCUGGGCAGCUAGAAGAGGAGCGCGCUCACCACAAGCAGCUGUCGUCCACCCUGGUCAAAGAGUGCAAAAAAGCCACAGCCAAAGCAGCCGAGGAAAGCCAGAGAACGACCGACUUGAGUGCUAAGCUGGAGCUGGAAAAGAGUGUGGUGCAGAGACUGCAGACUGAGCUUGAAGCAGAAAGGAAACGCUGUCUUCAGAUGGAGGCCCAGGCUGAGAAGCAGCUGUCCGAGUUCGAUACGGAGUUGGAGCAGCUCCGGGCGAGACUGAAACGGGAGGAGAUCCGUGCCAGGGGCUUGGAGGAAGAGGUGGAAUGCUUAAAAAAAUCCAUUGUGUGCCCCCCAGGGGAGGUUAAACCACUUGGCCAGUAUUGCUCCAUGGCUGCAGCCUCCAUGAAGUCCACAGCCUGCCAGACCGACAGCUCCAUCAUGGAGUCUGAGAAAUCCAGCAAGCUGUCCACUCCCGUAACACAGCAAGCAAAGGUCAAUGGCCACUGUGCCAGCCAGCCGCCCAGGUUGAACGACAGCAGCACGCUGUGCAGUGAAGCAGCACAACACGAGAAUGGGUUUGAUUUGGGCCUCCAUUCACCGAGCCACCCGGCUGCCAGUGUUUCGCCGAGCAGCACCGCUUCCUCCUCGCUGACUUCUUCACCGUGUUCCUCUCCGGUGUUGGCCAAGCGUCUGGUUGGAGUUUCAGCUAGUAGUCCAGGCUAUCAGUCCUCCUAUCAAGCUGGUAUCAAUCAGCGUUUCCAUGCUGCACGCCACAAGUUUCAAGCACAAGCAGAGCAAGAGCAGCAGGCCAGUAGUGCCCCCCACUCUCCAAGGGAUCUGUCUCCGACCACGGUGGAUGGCUGUGCCACUUCUUCGGUCGCCAAACAAAUGGCACGCAACACCGUCACCCAAGUACUGUCUCGUUUCACCAAACCUGCCUCUUCCAACAGCUCGCCUUUUGGCACGGACUACAGAGCUCUGGCAGCUGUGACCUCCCCUACAACCAGCCGAACAUCUGGCCCUCUGUCACCAGGGAUCAAAUCGCCCACCAUCCCUAGGGCAGAAAGAGGCAUUCCUCCCCCUAUCCCUCCCAAGAAACCAGGCCUCACACAGUCCCCGGUGUCUCCGAGCUCGCCAAGCAAGUCUACCCAAAUAGCCCCUGUGCUUGUCCCUGGCGGGGAUCUUCCAGGUGGCUGUGGCCUCAGAGCAAGCCCAGUGGAACUGAACAAAGACCUUGACAUGGUGAUGCCAACGGGCAGCUGAGCACAGUGCUACUUGAGGGUCCCGAGGGCCCGUUUUCAGGAAACAUUAUCCUAGUAUUUAUUCUACUUCUACUCCUGUCACUUUCUCCUAACCUCUUUUUUUUAUAUCUCAUUUCAUAUUGAAAAUGGGCUCAAUGUAUAUACGGAAGUAGAACUUUAGUUCCUUUUUGUGGCCUAAGGGAUUUUCGGCACUCUCAUUGUUGGAAUUCAAGCUCUGAAUUGCGGCAUUCCCUUCAGGUUUCUCUGAUCAUUUUGAAACAAGUGCCUUCCCUCUGGAGAGAUGUCUGGAAGGGAAGUUAGGGUCAUGCCUUCGGCUGGCAUUUUGGACCAAUCGGUAGCCAGGGUAGCGGUGUUCGCAUAUGUAAGAAUGAUCGGGCAGUGUCAAAGCAAGAUAAGUUCCUUUGCCAGCUCUACGGUUACAUUUCGUCGAGACAUUCCAGUUCCAGGUCAGCUGGUGAACGUGGUCCACUUCGAGGCUGGAAGGUGCCUGAGCUACAGGAGAUGCGUUAUCCCCUUACCGUACUGGUCGUAAUAACUUCCUUGGCAUUAACCCCAAGCACUACUCAGGCUUGGAAUUCUGUGUAAAAAUGGUUAACCCCGAGUACCUGUUUUGAUCACACGUACAGCGCUAAGCCCAAAUAACGUGCAAGACAGUAUUGUGCUGCUAUCUUGUGGAUGAAAUAACAUCAUUCUGCAAAAGUACUUUUUUAAUAUGCAUGUAUUGACUCAUCAAUAUUCAUGAGUGGGGUGGAACCUUCAACCAAAAAAAUACAAUACUGCGUAAAGCCAGUUUUAACAAACUGAAACUAAGACCAUUAAUUAAAUCGAGCAAUAUUAAUGACAGUGUGAAUUGAUCAUCUGAUAUUGGCAUGGAUAAUGAAACUGAUGCAUGCGGCACUGUACGACCGAGCCACCAUGAUAUGCCAGGUCACGCGAUCAAGUGGAAGAUCACGAAACAUGCAAGCCCCCUAAGCAACGUUCACCAUGCAGCAACUGUCAAUGUUCAUGUCAGUGGAAACGUGGAAGUUACUAAGUCUACAAUAACAAUGGGAGGUGUUGAUCGUGCAGAUCAGACUGACAUUCUACCCUCUCAUGUGCAACCAACAGGAAAGGAUAUAAAAGUGCGCAAUGAAAUACGCUUCUCUUGUUGCAAUUACAACGUCAAGCUGUUUUGAGGAAGGGGGGACAUAACGCUAAGGAGGUUAAUAAGUAGUCAGUUGAGGGUGGACAGUAGCAAUGGUGAUAAGAUUUGGGGAGAUGUUUACCGGCUUGCUUCCUCGCUAUGGAGCAUCCAGCACGAAACCGGGAACAAAGAGAAUACGCUUAUUAGCACACGUGAAAUCCGUCACCUCAUUCUGUUUUUAUUUCACGAUUGGUGUGCUUUUCACUUCUUGCUUUUAUAUGUUGUUCCAGUAGGUGCCCUGCACUUGGUUGUUACUGUUAUAAUAAUGGAAGACGAAGGCAGCACCUUAGCAGCCCACCAGACAUGGGCUGAUUGCAAAGUAGGACCAUAAGCCUCAUGCUUAAUGCUAAAGGGAUGUUUAGGUCAGGGUGGGCGUGAGUCUUCAAUCAUGUGGGGCGGGGGGCACAAUUUGCCUGCCUUUUCUUUUUUUAAUCAAAUUGAUUCUGUCUUUUGAUGAAUAGAUACAGUACAAGCACUGAAUAUUUUUAUUAUUUUUAUAUCGGAGAUUUUUUUUUUUAUAAAUCGGUGAUAUUGAUCCAGCAUAAUCCAGAAAGUGUGACUUAGCAUCCAGGGCAUAGGGUUGCCAGAUGAAAUCCCACCUCCGAGAAAGUCACGUUCUGUGCUCUAAGUCUGGUUUAUUUUAGUAUGGCGGUUCUCAAGUUCAGGCUUAGUGGACCCCUGCUGCUACAGCCUUUUAUUUUAGCCAAUGUCACAAUCGGGGCGUCUUAUGUUUAGCUGAUCUCAUUGUUAUGUCAACUGUCCCUUUUUUAUUCUCUUAUUCUAAAGGAGUUGUGAAAGAUUUGCAUUUUUUGCCACAGCUUUAAAUGCUAAAGUUUUCUUAAUUCUAAAGAGUGGAGUUUGCGUGUUUCCCCAACCCCGUGUCCACGUGCUUCUCCUCCAGUUGCUCCGAUUAUCUCCCACAAUCCAAAGACAUGCACUGUUAGGUGGUUUUGCCUUUGCUAAGCUGGACUGUGUGUGUUCGUCCCACAAUGGACUGCCGUUCUUGUUUGGUGAGGCGCCGAAGCUUGGUGUGUUAGGCUCCAGCUUCCUCGCAAUGGAUUUGGCAAAAGGAUGGAUGGAUGGAUGGAUGGAAUGAGUUUUGUAGAAUUUGCUCCCUUAAAGCUCUGUCACACCGCACGACUUUUUUGGCAAUUUUCAGUAACAGACUUCAUUGACAAUAAACUUAGUGAGUCGGAGGCAUUUGCUACAUUUCUGUGACCACAGGUCAUGUAGUUUGAUGUCCCCUGCCACCCAGUCUGCUUCUCGUCCCCAACUAUAUCAAACAGUUAUGAAUCUUACAUUUAGCGGUAGGACAAACAGGGUCUCCUCUGAGGAGACAUAUUGGCAUCGUUUCUAUUUAUAAUAGCGAUUGACUGUGUCAUGAAUAACUCGGAAGAACAAUUUGGCCUCGUUACACACCCUAGACAAAGCUUGCGAAUGCCGGAGUGACGGCUCAACGCCUUAUGCUGGAGUUAUACUUCACGCAACGCAUGCUGCAGCGGAUACUCCUGCUACGCAAGCGUUGUAGUGUUUAUAUUUGC